UACGGCGGAAACCCGUCCACUGCUUAGGGUGACUGCCGCAUUUGGCAGUCAGGCAUCGCCGAAUUUGGCGGGGUCUGCAUAGGCCGCAAAAAUUGACGCCUCAGGCAGCAUCUACAAUCGCCGUCACCGCCUUCCUAAAAUGGACAGCUCACUCACUCACCGCCUACCCAUUUCGUCUGGCAGUCCCUUGCAGCUCCCAAGCUCCCACUCCCAUCAUCUCUAAUUCCACGGAGCACAUCGCACCCAGCCGCCUCGUCCGCCUGCCCCCUUCAUAGGACCUAAUUUGCCGCUCCGUCUACUACAACAGCUACUUGCAGUCUGUUUUCGAGGAGCCUGUCACGUUCCCAUCGGCAUCGCGGAACGAGCUCGAGAUGCCCGACGAGAACAGCGAGGAUGCUGACGCUACCAAGAAGCCCCCGGCCCAGACGCGCCCCUGGCUGCCGCGGUACGCAGGGAGACAGGUAGCACACGCCAGCUACGGUCCGUAUCCUGGAUCAGGCGGCAUGCUGGCAUCUGGCUCGCCGACGUAUAGGCAGGUGGCUACGACCGCCGCACUCGCUGGUCUGGGAUGUGGCCCUUGAUGUAUUUAAGUCUCGCGUCCCGGCGC